AGGGAUUGUUGUGAGAAAUUAUUAUUGAGAAUCAGUGACGCGAAAUGGCGGCGAUCCCGAGUCAUCGCGUGUCUCGGAAAAUAGACUUUUGCGGACCAGUGCAGCCUUCAGUGAUGAUGCAUCAUCAUCAUCAUCAUCUUCAUCAUAAUCAUCAGCAUAAUCAUCUCCAGAAUCGGAAACGAGGGGUGCAUCUCCUGUUGCGUUCCGGGGGUAGUGCGGGUGCUGGCAACCCCGGAUCCACCUUCGUGGUCACCAAGCCGACAGUCAUGAAGCCCGUUGGCAACUCCUUGGUGCUUUCGCCAAAGGAACCACCCCCGGACACCAUCCUGCUCAGCCCACAGCAAAUGUGA